AUGUGUAUCGCGUUGAUCUCAACCGCACACCCUGCCUAUUCCUUGAUUGUAGUCGACAAUAGAGAUGAAUUUCUCUCUCGACCAACUUCAGAGCCAGACUGGUGGCCUGAGCCACAUUCCAAUGUCCUCGGCUCACGCGACCUCGCACGAUCGACCCACGGAACUUGGAUGGGAGUCACAAAGCAGGGAAAACUCGCGGUGCUCACCAAUUAUCGAGAGGACAAGGCUUGUCAAGCGAUCGGACAAUAUAGUCGCGGCGUCAUAGUGAACGGCUGGUUGACAACUCCGAAAGAGCAACAGAGCACCCACGGCUUCGUGCAGUCGAUGGUUGCGAGCGAAGAAGCCAAACAAGUCGGCGGCUUUAGUCUAGUAUGUGGUCUCAUCAACGAGCCACUAGCCAUUGUCUCCAAUCGUUCCUCGGAUAUGGACCAAAUCACCUGGGUCGCUACAGAGAAGAAUCAAACAAAAGGUCUCAGCAAUACGACCGUGGAUGACAGAUCAUGGCCGAAGAUCCUGAAUGGGGAGAAACUCAUGCAAUCGGCGAUUGAAGCCCAUGUGGAAGCGGAAGAGGACGAAGAGAAAUUAAUCGAGCGUCUGCUCCAGGUGCUCAGUACUGAUACUUUACCUCGGCUAUCUGAAGGAGAAGGUGACGAUCUGGAUACUUACAUCAAGGAACUGCGCAAGAGUAUUUUUGUUCCUGUGAUCGGGACAAAAGAGGAUGUUCACCGAGAAGCGGAACAAAUUGCGGCAGCCCGAAUCGAAGAUGAAGGAAAUAAGCCCCCGCCGAACGGACCCGCAGGUCCGGACUAUAGCAGUGGUCCUUAUGGGACGCAGAGGCAGACUAUCCUGCUCGCUACCCCUGAUGGACGAGUGAGGUACUUUGAGCGAACCCUUUAUGAUAACAAUGCGCAUGCUGUUCCUAGCGGACAAGGCGACCGCUCGUUCGAGUUUCAAAUCGAGCAAUAG